GACAAACACAUGAUCACAUUGGUUUUUAAAGGAAUUAUAUUUCCUGUGCUUGAUAUUAUGUUUAGUCAAUAUUUGUGACUUUUCGAAAACACUUCUAUUGAAGCUGCGAUUUGUUUAUUUAUAUUGACGACCAUCAUGCUGAGAUCGUUCAUCCUGUUGGCGACAGCUGGCAUGGUGCUUAGUCAAGAGGUUCCAACAACUCACUUCCCUGAAGGAAUGGAACGAAAAAACGCAGACUAUUAUGAUGUUCCAUUGGGAGCUGAUGACAACUCUUCAGAGCAGGGCAAUGGCCCCAGUCAAAACAGAGCCCGCCCCGAAGCUAUACAGGAUAUAGUACUCACCAACGUCUCCAAAGUUGUUUAUGACAUACUGAAGGAUUACAUUGACGGUACAGUUGAAGAUGACAACAAAACGCAAGAUUCCCCGUCUGAUGACCCUACGACAAGGGCACCUAAUGCCCGGCCCGACACACCAGGAGGCCCACGGGAAUCUAAGCCUAAUGAGAAUAAUGACAACAUCUCUCGAUCAAGUGGACAACAGACUGUUAGUGAAAGCGCCAAUGACCUUUCUGGAGGAGAAGCACAAAAGACAACUACCGAUGCUAUAAACAUAGUCGCGACUCUGUCAAACGGACAAACCCAAGAACAGACACCGAAAGUGUAUGGAAGUGAAACUACAACACGAUUUAACGAAAACAAACCACAACAGACGUCACAGGCUUCAGGUGAGAGCACACCUCUGUACGGAAGUGAAGUCACCACUCUGGCUGACGGAAAAGACCCACAAGAAACAACACAGUCUGCAAAUGAAGUCACCACUCUGGCUGACCCAAACGACCCACAACAAACACAGUCUGCAAGUGAAGUCACCACUCUGCCGAAAUUGAAUAAUACGGAUCUUGAUGGCAGAGAGAAAAAUGAUAUCCGUCACUGUGACAGCAAGCCCUGCCUCCACGGUGGCACUUGUGUUGAUGGAAAUAACACCUAUACUUGUAUCUGCCCUACAGGCUUCACAGGACCUACGUGUGAAGCAGAUAUGCGUCAUUGUAGGAAGAAACCAUGUUUCAACGGGGCCACGUGUACAGAUGGUCUUGGCGACUUCAACUGUGCCUGUAAAGAGGGCUUUUCAGGAGUGUACUGCGAAUCAGAUAGACGUACGUGUGAGAACCAACCCUGCCUCAACGACGCCACGUGUAUACAGAAUAAUGACAUCUAUACUUGUACUUGUAGAACAGGCUUUACAGGAUCAACGUGUGAGACAGACAUCAACGAGUGUGAGAGCGACCCUUGUUAUCAUGAAGCUACUUGUGUAGACCUUGUUGGAACGUACAACUGUGUUUGUAAACAAGGAUUCAUCGGGCGGAUCUGUGAGAAAGAUAUCCGCCACUGUGAGCGCAAGCCCUGCCUCCACGGUGGCACGUGUGUUGAUGGAAAUAAAACCUAUACUUGUAUCUGCCCUACAGGCUUCACAGGACCUACGUGUGAAGCAGAUAUGCGUCAUUGUAGGAAGAAACCAUGUUUCAACGGGGCCACGUGUACAGAUGGUCUUGGCGACUUCGCCUGUGCCUGUAAAGAGGGCUUUUCAGGAGUGUACUGCGAAUCAGAUAUACGUACCUGUGAGGACCGACCCUGCCUUCCAGAAACCAUAUGUGUGGCGAGGAAUGGCACAUACGCUUGUAUCUGCAGGACUGGCUUUACGGGACCCAGAUGUAAAACUGAUAUACGAACCUGUGAGAACCAACCCUGCCUCAACAACGCCACGUGUGUGCAGGAAAAAGGCAGCUAUUCUUGUACCUGCAGAACAGGCUUUACGGGAGCAACAUGUGAAACAGACAUCAACGAGUGUGAAAGCGACCCCUGUCAACAUGAAGGUACUUGUGUGGACCUAGUUGGCACAUACAAGUGUAUAUGUAAACAAGGAUUCACUGGACUAAGGUGUAUCAAAGAUAUACGUCACUGUGACAGCAAGCCCUGCCUCCACGGUGGCACGUGUGUUGAUGGAAAUAACACCCAUACUUGUAUCUGCCCUACAGGCUUCACAGGACCUACGUGUGAAGCAGAUGUGCGUCAUUGUGACAAGCAACCAUGUUUCAACGGGGCCACUUGUACAGACGGACUUGGCGAUUUCACCUGCACUUGUGAGGAGGGCUUUUCAGGAGUGUACUGCGAAUCAGUUUGCACGCCCGACAAAGUGGAUCUACUCUUUAUGAAAGACGUGUCAGGUACCAUCGUGGACGAUUACUAUGAAAAAAUGAUUGCUUUCAUGAAUAGUUUACUGAAUGUGCUUGAUGUGAGACCAGACGGCACCAACGUUGCUCUGUCAGUGUUCUCGGGUCGUGUAAAGGUGGACUUUCAUCUGAACGAUUACAAAUACAACAGAACAGGAAUGUUAAUGACGAUUAACCAGCAAACAUGGAGAGGUGGCAAAACGUACUUGGCCCUGGCUUUCGAAAUGGCUGUACACGAAGUCUUCAAUGAAACCAAUGGUGACCGACCUGAUGCUAAGAACGUUGCCAUACUUUUCACUGAUGGAAGGCGUAGCGGGUCGAUGGACAUCGGUCCUGUUGUCAAAGAUUUACAAGCCAAAGCCAAAGUCAUGAUGGUGUUAAUAUCCGACAAUGCCGACAUGGUUACUGUCAGGAGCGUUGUUUCCCCACCUGCAAGGGCCAACAUAUUCCAUAUUGAUGAUGCGAAUCUCACAGACUUGUUAAAGAAGCGGAUUGUAACCAGCACAUGCAGAAGUCCAUAGCGGGUGCUCCACUCUAGUAGCUGGUCAUACUGUGACAAAAUGUUUGGGGCAUACCGACAAUCAGUAAUUAAAAAGUGCACAUGUGUUUA